AUGUCUGCCACCACUGCCGUUGCUCCCUCUGUCCACGAAGAGCUCCUCGACCACUCCGCCGACGAGCACGCCUCCCGCCGCGUCGUUGUUGUCGCUAUCGAUGGCUCUGACCGGUCGCAGCAGGCCGUCGACUGGGCCAUUGACAACAUCCUCCGCGCCGCCCAAGACUCUGUCGUUCUGAUCAACGUCCGCCCCUUGGCCGUCCAGCUCGGAUAUCCCACUGCCCUUGGAGACUUUGGUGCCGAGUACCAGAGCAUCGAGGACGCCAAUCGCGAGGCCUCGCACGAGUUGAUCCGCAAGACCGCCAAGAAGUUUGUCGAGAAGGACAUUCCCAUCCGAGGCAUUGCCCUGCGCGGCGACGCCCGCGAAGAACUCGUCGCCAAGAUCGAUGAGCUCAAGGCCCAGCUGGUCAUCAUCGGCUCGCGGGGACUGAACACCGUCUCCCGGGCGCUCAUCGGCUCUGUCUCGGACUACGUCGUCCACCACUCCUCCGCCCCUGUCAUCGUCACCAAGUUCUAA